GACUCACAGUGUCAACUUGCCCCUUUGAACGAUCCUCCACGGGGGUGGACGUUCACAACAAAACAACCACCUCCAUCUUAGCUCUCCUCGGCUCCUCUUCUUUAUAACCCACCCAAACACACUACACAAAAUCUCCUCCUCCUUCUUUCCAUCUUUUUUCUUGAUUCUUGGUUUUAACGUUUGUUAAAUGGCCGAGGAUCACGUUUCAUGUGAUUCUAAUGAUCAUGCAUCGAAUAUGAAAGGAGCGAACGACUCGCUAGUUGUUUGUUUUGGGGAAAUGUUGAUUGACUUUGUACCGACAGUUGCUGGGGUUUCAUUAGCUGAAGCACCUGCUUUCAAGAAGGCUCCUGGUGGUGCUCCUGCUAAUGUGGCUGUUGGUAUAUCAAAACUAGGUGGUUCAUCAGCUUUUAUGGGCAAGCUUGGUGAUGAUGAAUUUGGGUAUAUGCUAUCUGACAUUUUGAAACAAAACAAUGUGGGUAAUUCUGGCGUGCGAUUUGAUUCCACUGCAAGGACUGCUCUGGCAUUUGUUACCCUUAGAGCUGAUGGUGAACGUGAAUUCUUGUUUUUCCGUCAUCCAAGUGCAGACAUGCUUCUUCGAGAAUCAGAAUUAGACAUAAACCUCCUUGAGCAGGCCAGGAUCUUUCAUUAUGGAUCGAUUAGUUUGAUUUCAGAACCUUGCAGGUCAAGUCAAUUUGCAGCAAUGAGAAUUGCCAAAAAGUCUGGCAGCAUCCUUUCUUACGAUCCAAAUUUGAGAUUAGCAUUGUGGCCAUCAGCAGAGGCUGCUCGGGAAGGCAUAAUGAGUAUAUGGGAUCAAGCUGAUGUUAUUAAGAUAAGUGAGGAAGAAAUAACAUUCUUAACUGGAUGUGAUGAUCCUAAUGAUGAUAAAGUGGUCUUGGACAAGCUUUUUCAUCCCAAUCUGAAGCUUUUGAUUGUAACUGAAGGGUCAAAGGGUUGUCGAUACUACACCAAGGAAUUCAAAGGCUGGGUUCCUGGUGUUAAGGUGAAACCCGUUGACACAACUGGUGCGGGUGAUGCUUUUGUUGGUGGGAUGUUGAGCAACCUAGCUUCUAACCUAAAUCUAUUUGAGGAUGAGAAGCUAUUAAGAGAAGCUCUUCUAUUUGCAAAUGCCUGCGGUGCUGUGACAGUAACAGAGAGAGGUGCUAUCCCUGCACUACCCACGAAAGAUGCUGUCCUUAAACUCUUAGGGAAAGUCCCUGCAAGAUGAAAAGCUUAGACAUAAAUCAGUCCUUGACGUUCUCUCUUUUAUGAAGUUGUAGUAGUUCAAAUUCGUUGCAUAGCACCUAGGGUUUUUGCUUGCUGUAUUUCUCUUCCACGCUCAUGAACCCAAAAGGUUGUAAUAGAUUAGGUUAUUUAAUAAAAUCAAUGACCUCAAAUCUUGUCUCAA